CUCAACAAAUUUUCAGAAAGUGAUCGUCUGAAUACAGCACAUACGAGCAGUCUUAAUCACAAGCAAAAUCAUGGCUGCGAACUUCACAGCCCAGGACUUCACGAAUGCGAACGUUCAGAAUGCCCGAAAUCCCCAUCCCGUCUAUGGUUAUGCGCAUGGUCCGAUCACCAACCCUAAUGCCGACUGGGUCCCUGAUUCCCAUGCCGCAACGGAAGCCGGUCGCCCACUGCCUGCACUUUCUGCUGCAGAGAACGCUGCCGCUCCGAAUCCAGCUGCGAUUUUGAACACCGUCAAUGGAGGAGUUUGUUGGAUUGAGAUCGGAGUUGCGGGCUCUAACCAGAUGUGUGGCCAUAUCUUUGCGUCGCAACCCGCCCUCCGCCGCCAUAUCCGAACCGCUCACCCCGGCGCUGUCACUAACCCACGUCGUGCCAACGCCAGCGACCAGAUGAUUCUGGCCGGCCAGAAUGCGCUUAAGCAAUUCGUGGUCACCCAAGGCUGGCGAAAUGCUAGCUUCCUCCAUGAGCCUGGUGUCGGCCCUGCUAGUGGUCUCAUUGACGAGUACGCUACGGCCUGCGAACGUAUCGCUCAGAAUAACCAAGUAUUUGCAAAUCGAUAUGGCACUCGAUUCCACCGCCUUCUCCAUCCCCAGGCCCAUACACAGGUCUUAGUACCUGAUCUAUCCGAUGCAUAUACCCCGCAUCCGCGCGGUAUAAUACAAACCGAUAUAUCUUCACCUAUCACAGGGCAACUCCCUAACGAAGACCAUGCCGAAUCCGAUUCACAUACGCCUACCUUAUGUGAACCACAUAUGCCUCCCGUAUCAAUAGCCCUGGCGACCGACUUUACUCUAGUUGAACAACUACUCGCCCAACCCAUCCCUCAGAACCUGCGGGAUAUGCUUAGCUUAUACUUAGCAUCUUCAAAGCCUAUUCAAUCUGCGUCAAUUUCGUCGGAACCUACUUUACAGCCGUCAGGUGUGAUACCUGACGCCGAUUUAUCGACAGCUAGGGGUAAUAUACCCUCUGAUGAGGACGCUAACGCUCAUUCAAGGGCUAUAAACGAAAUAGCCCAAUUCAUGGAGCAUGAAACUGCAGACUCCAGGGCUAUAGAAGAUUUAGUACAGGAGCGGGAGUCAAGCUCCGCUCCUGUAUCAACAAUGCCUAUGCGACGCACACGUCGGUCUCGUGUGAAGGCAUCAUAUGGGCUUCGCCCAGGUUAUAUACCAUUUUCCUUGAACUUAUCACACAUAUUAAGUAUAUACUAACUGUAUUCGAAUGCUCUAGAUGACGAUGAGCAGGAGACUCCUAGCCGGAAGAGAGUUUCUCGCAAGCGUGGUGGUAGAGGUGGCAGAGGUGGUAGAGGAAGCCGGUCGACCACUCGUAAAUCUGCUUGAAUCAUCGAUAAGCAGCAAUCAAACGGUACCUACUGUGCAUAUGUACGACAUAUGCUCAUGAACUGUUGUUUUGCUUGGUCUUGUAAUUUGGUUCUAUAAUGCAAAUAUAUUUGGUGUUUGUUUCGUAUCAAGUUUCCAC